AUGCUCACCAAAACUAAUACUAGCCUUUCCACCUCCCGGAAACCUCUCCUGCGCGUCCUCCAGGUCUGCGACUUCCACGCCGAUUGCCCCAGCGGAGACGACGAGACAUCCUGCGGCACCACGGACUUCGAGCAAAACCUCGGAGGAUGGCAGGAUAUCAGCGAUAACGACGCCAGCUACAUGUGGUCGAGGAUCGCCGCCGUGGAAGCUACGUACCCGCAUGGAACGGCGCCCUCGCACGACCACACGAUCGCCGACACACAGGAGGGCUACUUCAUGUGGGCUCCGGGGUCGUUCGAGGGUGACGUGAAUUCGGGAAACACCGCCAUCGUCCGCUCACCCGCCAUAGGUCCUUCGGUUAUUCCUUGCAAGCUAGUGUUCUGGUACCAAUUAGCUCUUGGAGGUCCAGAUAUACGUGUUAUUCUGGACAGCGAGGAGGAUACCUGGUUGUGGGAAAAGACGGUUGAGCCUUCUGUUGUGUCCGAGUGGAGGAGAGCGCAGUUAGAGAUUGGGGAAUACGGGUUUAAGAUAUAUAUCCGAUUCAUCAUCAACCUUGGUACAAUUACAACAGUCAGUUACGAUGUCUGUGUCGACGAUAUUGAGUUUCAAGACUGUGCCCCUGAUACCCCGCCCUCUAAGGACCCUGUGAUCUGUACCUUCGACGUCCCCUGCGAGUUGUUCCAGAGUCACAACGAUGAUGGAAAAUGGUACAUUUACGAAUAUUGCGAUCCCAACAAUUUCUGUCUCGCGACAAACACGCUCCAGCCCGGUUCUCGCGUGGUCCAGACUUGGUGGCGCCUCCCGUCGGAUCAGUUCUGCGUCUCCUUCAGGUACAUCGUGGAGGAGAGAACGAGCCUGAGGGUCCUCGUGGCCACCGGGAACGCCACGACCGAGAUCUGGACGCGGAAGCACAGCGGCAUCUCCGCGUGGAGGACGCAGCACCUGCAACUGUCCAGCGAUGCGUUGUACCAGAUUCACAUCGACGGCAACAUCGAGGAAGAAUAUGACAACUCCGUCUUCCUGGACGACGUGAAGAUCGUGGAAGGGCGCUGUCCGGCCUCCUUCACCUGCACCUUCGACGAGGAUUCGGAAGUUUGCCUGUGGGAGAACUUCGAGCAUGAGGCUGCGACCGCCCAUUGGGACCGCGGGUCGGGGGAGGAAGGGCGGCCCGACACACCGUCAACCGACCACUCCUGGGGGUCGUCGCAGGGCCACUUCCAGUACCUGCCCCGUGGGGACGACCAGGACGACCACCACGGGUUCCUCAAGAGCCCCGAGAUCACCACCACCACGCCUGAGGGAGAUUGCUUCCAGUUCUGGUUCUUCCUGAAGUCAACCGGUGAAUUACCCGUCGGCGAGCUGGGCGUGCGACUCCUGAAGGACGGAGAGCUUGGCGACCGGAUCUGGCAGCACGACUACGCCGGGCACGAGGGUUGGCAAUACGGCGAAGUCACCGUCGGGCACGAACGGGACUUCAGCAUCCUCCUGGAGGGUCUGCGUCAGAGAGGCAGGGAAGGCUUCAUGGCCUUUGACGACCUGUCUGUAGAGCGAGGUCCCUGCGGCGCCCCCGGGUCGUGCACCUUCGAGGGCGGCAUGUGCGGGUGGGCUGACGGAGGCUCCAUCGGGGGUCAUUAUACGACUAACGACUGGCAGUGGAUGCAGGCGGAGAAAUCCGAGAACGGCCCUGUAGUGGAUCACACUACUUACUCGGGACAAGGUCAUUACGUGAUAGCUGAUGUGGAGGAGUGUUAUCUUUCUGAAUGUUACGCCAAUCUCGACAGUCGUGAUAUCAGGCCAACCAAUGACACCUACUGCUUGUCCUUCUUUUAUAAUGCACGGUACCUGGGUGAAAACAACCUGUUAAACAUUGAAGUCGUAGACGUAGAGAGCGGCCUAUCCAAAAACAUGGGCGUCCUUAAAUACACCCCCGAUGAGGAGACGUGGCUCAACCACCAAGAGAAGCUGAGUGACAUCAGCCACCUCUUCCGCGUCCGCUUGUAUGCCAGAGCCUACAAACAAGCGGUGCAAGGAAAAGCGUACAUCGCCCUGGACGACAUCGAACUGUUCCCCGGAACGUGUUAUCCGUCCCCGGGAAGCACCCCACUCCCCCAAACGACCCCCGCGCCCGAGAGCAAGCUGACCUGCUCCUUCGAGGAUGACUUCUGCGGCUGGAGUCAGGACACGGCUGACAGCGGGAACUGGGAGCUGAUAAACGGCGUCCACGCAGUCGGCGACGACGGAGACGGCUUGGGUCCCGCGGUCGAUCACACGUCACACUUGUCGGCGGGGCACUUCCUCUACGUGGACACGAAGAUGGGAUCUAACUCCGCGAUUCGACUCGUGUCCGAGGAGAUCCCGACGAGCGACGCCGGCCACUGCUUCUCCUUCUACUACUACCUGCACGGGAGCAAGCCGCCCUCUCUCAGCCUCUACCUCGAAACGGACGGAGUGGCGAAUGAGCACCCCAGCUGGGCGCGCGCUGGCGAGGCCGGGGAGGAAUGGCUUCCAGUGAGGCUGUCCCUUCCCCCAGAGCCAGGCCACGCCCACAAGGUCGUGCUGGAGGCGGGGCUUGGCGAGAACGACCACACCGACCUCGGACACGCCGCCCUCGACGAUUUCCUGCUUACUGAUGGCUCCUGUUCGGCGCUUAAUUCUGGAAUCCAAUGUGAAUUCGAAACCUCUGACUUGUGUGAAUUCUCCAUCUUGCACCUGAAUAGCAAUUCAGGGUGGACUUGGGGCAGCGCUUCUUCAUCUCAGGGCGGACCCGACCUCGACCACACUUAUGGCACUGAGUACGGCCACUACGUGUACCUAAAUGCCACUUCAGCCAACACGCAAAGUUACCUUGUGAGUUCAACAAGCAACAGUGAUGGCGAUCCAAUGUGUUUGUCGUGGUACUACUACUUUUCCGGCAACACGAAUGUCAGUGUCCGAGCCUACGUCAAGAACCCGGACGCCUCCAUCGACGACCAGUUUCCUGUGUGGACGAUCGACCAGCCGGCGGGGGGCGAGGGGUGGAUCUUGGCUCUGGCUUCAGUGCAGAUUUUUGGUGAUUACCAUCCAUCUCUUCUUACAGAGCUGACAGUCUCAAUCCUUACCGGCGAAGAAGAGAACCAGGUUUUCAACCGAUCCGGCAACCAAGGAGACCAGUGGCACUUAGGGAGAUUUACCAUAGCAGAGGACCGGGAUGUCGUUUUGAGAAUCCUGGCAACUGUGGGUUCAGGAGAGGAGAGCGACAUCGCAAUAGAUGACACGUGGACAUCGCUGAGCGCCUGUGAGGAUAUUCCUGAUCAGUUCUUGUGCAACGAUGGUUCGAUCAUCGGUAUCGACAAGAGGUGUAAUUUCGUCCCUGACUGCGAAGACAAGACUGACGAGGAUGACUGCGGCGAAUGUGAUUUCGAGUUUGGGAUCUGUGGCUGGGAACUCCUCAACAGUACCGACUACCGCUGGGUGCUGGGUCGUAACCUGAGCGACGACGACUCCUACAACAGCUUCAUAUACGACCACACUUUAGGCACGGCGGAGGGCCACUUCCUCUACGUGGACAGGGGUGUAGGGGAAUACGAUGGCCCUGCGUGGCACUCUCGCCCACGCUGCACAACGCCUAUGUUGACUGCGCCUUCACCUUCUGGUA